AUGCUGGUCCGCCCGUAUGCGCGCCACGCCCACGUCAGCGAUGCCUACCGCACGCCCCCCACAAACUACGUCCAGCUGCUGCAGCACAUCGCGACGGCAAAGCGCCUCAACCAGCUCGACGCUCUGAUCAAGGAUUACGGGGACAAGUUUGACGCUGUUCACGUGUCUGCGGCGCUGGCGGUGGUGCCGCGGCUGCUGGGGGACGCGGUGGAGCGCGGGUCUGGGCUGGAGCCCGGCAGGAGGGAGCAGCCAGAGCAGAUUCUGACGCGGCUGCAGGAGAUGGCCACGGCCCAGACAGAGCGCAUGCAGGUCCGCCAGAUCUCCAACAUGAUCUGGUCCCUCGGGAAGUGCCACAAGCUGACCGGCGGCCGCGACGAGGCCGGCCCCGGCCGCGCGCUCGCGCGGCGCCUGCUCGCUGAGCUGGCGCGCGGCAACCACCGGAAGCUGCACCAGGGGGGGCGCCUGACGGACGCGGCGCAGCUGCUCCACGGCCUCGCGCGGCUGCGGCUGCGCGCGCCGGCGGCGCAGGCGGCGGUAGCAAAGCUCGCGCGCGGCGCGGUGGCGGCGGGGCGGCCGGUGGCUGCCUCCAACCUCGCGUUGAUUAUGUGGGGCUUUGGGCGGCUGGGGUACAAGGACCCGGGGACCCUCCGGCUGCUGGCGGACAGGGUAGCUGAGGAGAAGCUGUACCUGCGUCCCUGGAGCGCGGCGGCGGCGCUGAGGACGCUGCAGGUGCAGCACGUGCGCCACGACGCGCUCGCGGCGGCGGCGGCGGAGGUGCGCGCGCGCGCGCGGGGGGGCGCGCUAGGGUAG